UACAUCAUCCAGAAUGCACUCUGUCAAAACAAAUGGCAGCACGAACUGAGUCUCUGACUCCAGGAUAAUUGGAUCUCGAGCUUGGGAACUCGGUGCUGGAGCAGAACGCGCGGUGAGGAGUCAAUCUGAACAUGUGCUCGCAGAGCGGGCGUGAGGUGGCCACUUGAGAUGGAGAGGGGCGGUGCUGCUGGUAAAGGCAAAAUCUGCCAGGCCGUGGAGCGUUGCAACAGCACCACUCACCCCAAUGAACUUCUCCUUGAUGAAUACUUGAGGAGUCAGGGUCUGUAUCGAAAGAGAAUUGCUAAGGAUGGAUCUUGUCUCUUCAGAGCUGUUUCUGAACAGGUCUUCUACACACAAUCUAAACAUCUUGAAGUGAGGAGAGCUUGUGUUUCUUACCUGAGGAGGAACCGUGAUAAGUUUGAAGCGUUCAUUGAAGGAUCAUUUGAUGAAUAUUUAAAACAUCUUGAAAAACCACAGGAAUGGGUUGGACAAGUGGAAAUCAGUGCUCUUUCACUCCUGUACAAACGAGAUUUUGUAAUUUACCAGGAACCAAAUAGACCUCCUGCCCGUGUUACUGAAAAUGGAUUCCCUGACACAAUCUUUUUAUGCUUUUCAAAUGGAAAUCAUUAUGAUAGUGUCUAUCCCAAGACAUUUGUGGAUGCUGCAGCCAUUUGCCAGUCCAUUUUGUAUGAAAUGCUUUACCAGAAUGUAUUCAAGGUUGAUGUUCGUGCAAUAAUGCCUGCAGUGCUGGAUGCAAACAGUGAAAUCAAUGAGGAACACUUCAAUGGCAGUGAAAAUUCGGAUUCUGAUGUAGAAAUAGAAGUGUUUGGAUGUACAUGCAUACAUUGUUUCUGUUUUAGAUACAAUGCCUCUCUGCAGAACCUUAGGCCACUUUCACAGAUUUCUCGGGGCUCAAGCUGGAACAGAGUUCAGGGGAAAAGAGCUAAGAAGCCAAUGAACAUCAACUCUGAAGCUGACUUCAAGGGAGUGAAGAAUUCAAGCAGUUUUGUAAAUAAACCAAGCCGAUUACAGUCAAGCCUACCACCACGUCUCCAGCAAACAAUGGGUGCCAGGCAGCAGCACUCCACACAGCAGUCCCCAGGCCAACAACCCAAAAAAUCAUCAGCUGAGUAUGUAGGACGACAUGAAGACUUUCCCCAACUUUCAAAAAAGUAUGAUCGAGAUUUGGAAUUGAACCACACAAAUGCAGAAUGUCAACACCUUGCUUCAUCAAUGAAGGUGGAGCCAGAAGCUAAUGAGGCUCAAUCCCCAAAUAAAAUGCAUCAGAGAGUUGAGCAACCCUUUCCUGCACUUCAUAAUCCAUUGGAGAUUCCCCCUUGCCCUACAGUGCAAAGAAUGGAUCCUGUCCUUCAGUCAGAUCUGAGCUUGUCACGGCUUCCUUCAUCAGCACCAUCAUUGACUUCACCAGUGCUUUCAGUACAUUCAUCUGAGUCAGUCACUUGCCGAUCAGCAGAGUGUUUGACACAGACAGUCGUUUCAACUUUUUCUUCAUCUUCAGUGAUGUCCAGUCAGACAAUGUCACAGGCUCAAGUGACCUCAGCAUUUAUUACCCCACUUUCUGCACCUAUGCAUGGGGCUAAUCUCCCACCAAUGCCUGCAUCUCAAAUCACAAGCUGUUUUGAUGAUCUGUUGUACCCUGGGUUUGCUGUGAGUGAAAAGGGAGAGUACCUCACCAGUGCACCUGUGUUUUCAUACAACAAAAAUGGAGCCGAUCUUCCAAGUGGUAAAUAG